CUCUUGUGUGGAAAUACUAUUCAAGCCAAGCCAGGAAAUUGUCAAAAGAAAAAUCAAGAAACUUUGAUCGAAAAAACAAGCGAAUUUCUACAUGCUCUCGAUGAUUAAUUGUAGAAACCAAGAAUGAGUGUCAAGACUACAUCUAAACCUGUACCUAAAAAAUCCUUACCACCCCGUUCUAAAAUGGCGCAGAAUACCGCUACGGGUACUGGUACACCAUCAAAUUUGCAGACUGGCUUCAAUAAAGUUUUCAUACAAAGAGACUAUAGUGAAGGAACCGCAGUUAAAUUUCAUACUAGACUUCCAAGCGAGUUGGAAGGUUUGAUAGAGCGUCAUGCCUUCGAAUCGACGAUCACUAGACUCAAUGAAUUCUUUGCUGAAGCUGAAAAAGGCUCUUGCAGUACUUAUUGUGAAGGCUGCAUUGGUUGUAUAACUGCCUAUCUUGUCUACAUGUGCUCCGAAACGCAUUACGAGAAAACUCUACGUAAAAUUUCCAAGUUUAUUGCUUCCCAAAAUGAACGUAUUUACAAUCCGAAAGGUUUGCAAAUGAUCGAUCCCACCUAUCGAGGCUUGCGAGUUAUAGAAAUAUCCAUUCUUGAUCGUCCCGGACGAACGUGACUUCCACUUUCUCACUCAACCGAAGAGUUCUUUAUGUAAUAACUUUAGUUCUUUAUAAUGACAGAUAAAAAGUUGCAGCUAAAUCCAUAGUAAACAAUUGGAGCGAGUCCUUAAAAUUUCUUCGUGCCGAAAAGGAAGGCUCGAAGCUUUCUACAUUUUUUAAAUCCAAUGUAUACGCGCCUAGGACUCACACUAUCUGUCUUUUUUCACAAAUAAGAAAAUCAUGUCUUAACAAAGAAACUGAAAAGUUGUAUCUUUGGAAACAGCGGUUAGCUGUUAGCAGUUUAUUUAAGCAAUGAAUAAAAACAGAUAAACAGAUGUAAGAGAAUACAUUCAACCUGCAUUUCGUCAACCUACACACUUGUAGCUUGCUUGCCGUGUAGCUAAACAGGAAAUUAUAUUAAUCUAAAAGUGUGUAGAAUAGUUAAAAAUACAAAUGAACAAAAUACAACCAAAUACUCCCCUCAAGAAAACACAAAAACACGACACAUUUGU